CAAGGACAAAUUUGUGUGUUAUAGAUUCAAAAUACAUAAUCAUAAUCUCCACGUUAUCAUCCUACAAUGUGUGGGUCUCUUGGGAACAACGAACCAAGCAUAGCUCUCAUACUAUAGAGCAACCACCUUCACUUCUCUCUUCUCUCCUUCAUGUGUCUGUGUCAGAACAUUUCUCAUUCAUAAAUCCUAAUCAGAUUCUUCUUACAAUUUCAUUCUGCCCACACAAUCUACUCUCAAAUCAAAACCAUCGAAAAAAAAAUCAAUUUUUUCCAUUUUUCCACCACCAUGGCUACUACAAUAACAGAGCACGAGUCCUCAUCAAGUGCCUCGCACGUGCUCAACUACACGCCCACCCCCACCACCUCCGACAACGAGGAGGAGGAGGAGGAGGAGGAGGAGCAUGGAGAAGGCAACGAGAACGACUCCGCCGACAUGGGAUGCUGGUCAUCGGCGGCGUGCGACGGCGCCGGGCGGAGAGCGUUGGGGAAGGUGUUGGACCCGAGGGCGAAGUGGGUCCAGGAAUGGAACAGAGUGUUCCUGCUAGUGUGCGGCGCGGGGUUGUUCGUGGACCCUCUGUUCUUCUACGCGCUCUCCGUUAGCGACUCCUGCAUGUGCGUGUUCGUUGACGGGUGGCUCGCCGUUACCGUGACGGUGCUGCGGUGCAUGACAGACGCGCUUCACCUGUGGAACAUGGUGAUCAGAAUGAAGAUGGCCAAACGCGCGUUCGGGUUGGGAGCCGCCGCGGGGCUCAGAGACACACGGCCGGGCACCGUCGCGUUAGGGUAUCUUAAGUCACGGACGGGAUUCGUUUUUGAUUUGUUCGUGAUUCUUCCUCUGCCACAGAUAGUGCUCUGGGUGGCAAUUCCAUCGUUAUUGGAGAAAGGUUCAGUGACGUUGGUGAUGACAGUGUUCUUAAUCAUAUUUCUGUUCCAAUACCUUCCAAAAAUUUAUCAUUCUGUUUGCCAUCUACGACGCACGCAAAACCUCUCUGGCUACAUUUUUGGAACAGUUUGGUGGGGAAUCGCCCUUAACAUGAUAGCUUAUUUUGUUGCUUCCCACGCAGCAGGGGCAUGUUGGUACUUGCUGGGGAUUCAAAGGGCAGCCCAGUGUCUGAAAGUGCAGUGUGGAAAAACAAGUGGUUGUGGCACAAACAUUCUGUCAUGUCAAAGUCCUGUAUAUUAUGGAAGCAAGAGUUUUUUAGUUAGGGAUAGAGCAAGGUUGGCUUGGGCAGAGAACAGGGACGUCUGGCACACAUGCUUGAAGGGCCCUGAUGGCUACACCUAUGGAGCUUAUAGAUGGACCGUUCAGCUUGUCACUAAUGAUAAUCGUUUGGAGAAGAUCCUCUUCCCUAUCUUCUGGGGCCUAAUGACUCUUAGUUAUUUUUGCUUCAUGCGCUUACUCCAAAAAUUUGAACCCUAUAUUGUUGAUGUGAUAAGCACUUUUGGAAACCUAGAAAGCACAACAGAAUGGCUAGAAGUGGUUUUCAACAUCAUUGUGCUGACCAGUGGCCUUCUUCUUGUAACUAUGUUGAUUGGAAACAUCAAGGUAUUUUUGCAUGCAACAACGUCAAAGAAGCAAGCAAUGCAAUUGAAGAUGAGGAACAUUGAAUGGUGGAUGAGGAAACGAAGGUUGCCACAAGGGUUUCGACAACGUGUGCGUAACUAUGAGAGACAACGUUGGGCUGCCAUGAGAGGGGUCGAUGAAUGCGAGAUGACCAGAAAUCUUCCUGAAGGGUUAAGAAGAGACAUCAAGUACCAUCUUUGUCUAGACUUGGUUAGACAGGUGCCUCUGUUUCAACACAUGGACGAGCUGGUUCUUGAGAACAUCUGUGACCGUGUGAAGUCUCUGAUAUUCACAAAGGGAGAAACAAUAGCAAGAGAAGGAGACCCAGUUCAGAGAAUGCUGUUUGUGGUGAGGGGUCACCUUCAAAGCAGCCAAGUUCUGAGGGAUGGUGUGCAGAGUUGCUGCAUGUUAGGGCCAGGCAACUUCAGUGGUGAUGAGCUUCUUUCAUGGUGUUUGAGGAGACCCUUCAUCGAACGUCUUCCGCCAUCUUCAUCCACACUCAUCACCUUGGAAACCACAGAGGCUUUUGGCCUUGAAGCCGAGGACGUCAAGUACGUCACCCAACAUUUCAGGUACACUUUUGUCAAAGAAAAGGUCAAGAGAAGCGCCAGGUAUUACUCACCAGGCUGGAGAACUUGGGCCGCCGUCGCCAUUCAAUUGGCUUGGAGAAGGUACAAGCAUAGGUUGACUUUGACCUCUCUCUCUUUCAUAAGACCUAGGAGACCCUUGUCAAGGUCCUCUUCCAUGGGAGAAGAUAGGCUUCGCCUCUACACUGCUUUGUUAACCUCACCAAAGCCUAAUCAGGAUGAUUUUGACUUUUGACAACUCUAUAUAUAUCUUUCAUAGGGAUGGGCAGAUGUAACUGCACUGUACUACUAAAAACUAUACUGAACUAAAAACUAAUUUGAAUAAACUGAACUGUAAACUGAACUGUGUUUUGUUUUAUCAAACUGGACUGAACUGAGUUAUACUAAA